AUGACUCAACUGGAACGUUUCUUUGGCUGGUUUGGCGAAGGAAUCGCAAAGCACCCGCUAAUUAUCAUCUCAAUAUGUCUCGUAUUUGUAAGUGUAUGUUCAGUGGGUUUUGUCUGGUUCAAAGCAAAAAACAGAGGAGUAGAUCUAUAUAUUCCUCAAGGUAGUCGUUCUAUGGAGGAUCUAGACAGGGCCGAUAAAUACUUCCGAUUAAAAGCUCGUGAGGAAAUCGUCCUUUUAACGGCGUCUCCUGAUCAUCUGAAUGUCCUAGCUCCUGAUUGUCUGCGGGAGGCUUUCAAGGCACAUCGUGCAGUUAUGGAGUUAGAAUCAUACUCUCAAUUCUGUGUCACGCUGUCAGGAGACCAAGCAAAGACACAGGUCGACUGCAUGAUAAUUAACCCGCUGGAAUUUUUACAGUUUAAUGAGAGCAACCUCGAUAACAAAACCCUGGAUGAGAUUCUAGGGAAAAUAACAAAAGCUUAUGACAGCUCAAGCCCUUUGACGCGAAAUGGCCGGACCUUCUCUUACAACUUUAAACGCACUUUUGGUGGCACCACGCCACCGGACAUAACCAUCAAAAAAGCCACAGCACUGCAAAUGGUGUAUCUAAUGAAUGACUUCAGCGACCAGAAAGAAAUUGAUAAAGUUCUGGAGUGAGAGAAGAAGUUCAUCGACAAACUGGAGUCGUUAGACGGUACUUUUUCCUGUUGUAAAGUCCAUUACUCAAGUGAGAGAAGCCAGGACGAUGCUAUUGCUGAAAGCAGUGGCUCUGACAUCACUCUGGUGUCAAUCACUUUUACGCUAAUGAUCACAUUUGCUUGCGUCAUGCUCGGCAAGUUCCUGAAUCCGCUGACCGGUCACUCGUUGCUCGCUAACACAGGAGUGUUUGCUGUGGCCCUUGGAAUGCUAUCCGCGUUUGGCCUUGCCAUGUGGUGUCGCGUUCCUUUCGUCAGUUUCAUGGGCGUGUUGCCGUUUUUGGUUCUUGGGAUUGGAAUCGAUGACAUGUUCAUUCUAGUAGAUGAACUUGAUCGACAACCACGGGACAUGUCAGUAACAGAAAAGAUUAAGGCUGUGAUGUCGCAUUCAGGAGCCACUGUUACCAUGACAACUAUGACUGAUCUUGUGGCAUUCGCUGUUAGUACGUCCUCCUCGUUUCCAGCGAUAAGGUAAGGGUAAUAACUUUAAACCUAUAUACGGAACUAAUUUAAUGCAAUCAAUCCCCGUUAAUAUAAACACUGAGGGGAGCAUAGAAAGUACCCGUAUUGAAGGGUUGUCCGUAUUAAGCGGGUUGAAUUUGGAGAAAAUGUGAGGGCUUUCUUUCCCCAGGGACAAAGCAAACUGUUCGUAGUAAUGAGGUGUUCAUAUUAAGCGGGGUUCGACUGUUGCUGCAACUAUAUAAAGACAGAGAUGGGCUCGUAAUGAAGAAAAUAAAGACAGUGAUUACCAUGAAAUUUUUAGACAAGUGAAGUAUGUUUGGAGAAUGUAAAUAUUACUUAUUUUCAAUAUAAAAACACUUCUUUUCAGCUCUCUUUUAGUAAUGCUUGUUCAUCCCCAUUAUAUUUUUGUAUGUUUUAACAACCAACGUUCAGAUCCGCUUGUCAUGCAUUCUUAAGGACGGCGAAAAAAAUUGCUUGGCACAGCUGACUUACAUAUCUCCCAUUUUUGUUAAAAAGCACGCUAACUGUGCGUAUGUUUUGUCAGGUAUUUCUGUAUCUAUGCGGCUCUAACAGUGACAUUCUCCUACCUAAUGAUCAUCACCUAUUUCGUGGCCAUCAUGACAAACGACGUAAAGAGAAUAAAAUCAGGUCGUCGAGACUGCUUACCAUACUGCCGAGCACCUCAGCCAAAGGAGGGCGCCCCAGUCUGGGACGAACCGAUCCCACAGUUAUCAAAUCGCGCUUUGGAGACCUGGGGCAGGUUUUUGACCCAUCCGGCCACCAAAGUAGUUGUUAUAAUUCUGUCACUAGGGUUACUUGGUGCCGGAAUAUACGGCGUUACAAGAGUAGAGGAAAAAUUCGACAGAAGAAUCCUGGCGAAGGAUGAUUCUUACCUGAAAAGAUUUCUGACUGCUCAAGAAAAACAUUUUGAACUUGCAAUCGAAGUCAGCAUUGUAGAAACUGGAAAAGUAAGCUAUGAGAAAUUUUCCACCCAGCAAGCUAUCAGAAACCUAACGAGUAUUGUCGAAAGCAACGAACAUUAUUUAGCUGGUGCUUUGUCGUGGAUGGAUCACUUUUCAUUAUUUGCUAACAGGACUGGCAUUAGCACUACCGGUUCAGCAUUUUUGCCUGCUUUGAAAGUCUUCCUCAAUCAAACAGAAUUUUCAUUCUUCGCUCAAGAUCUGAAGUUUUCUGAUAAUGGCUCUGCGCUAGAAGCUUCGCGCAUUAUUUGCUUUAUGAAAGGUAACGAUGAAUCUACAUUCCAGAAAAAUGCCAUGCAAACACUUCGCGAAGAUCUAGAAACAAAGUCCAAACUCAGCGCCUUCCCCAUUACACGUUUGUUUAUUUUCUUCGAACAGUAUGUUAUUACAUCGCGUGAAACUAUACGGAACCUCAUAAUCGCUGCCAUUACAGUCUUUGUCAUCACCAGUCCCUUCUUGGUAGACUGCACAGUGGCAAUCCUCGUGUUGUUCAACUUUGCAGCCUUGAUAUGCGAACUGUUUGGUUUAAUGGUUAUUUGGAAUGUGACGCUCAACGCUGUGUCCAUGAUAAAUCUUGUCAUGGCUAUUGGUUUUGCAGUUGAUUACAGCGCACACAUUGCGCAUGCAUACGUUGUGUCCAACAAGUUAUCUGCAAAUGAGCGAGUGGUAGAUGCUCUGAGUACUGUGGGAGCGAGUGUGCUCAUGGGUGGUAAGUCAACCUCAUUAAUCUUACAAAAAAAAAAUCACAUUUUGAGAUCUUAUCUCAACCAAGAUGAUUAGCCGCACUACAAACAAAAUAGUGGUACAACCAGGUUUACAGUGGAAAAUGCUUGGAUCUAUAUUUUGGCGGGUUAUUAUUCAUUUAAAUAUUGUACGACGAACUAAGGUAAUGUAAUGAUGCAAUAGAACCUGUGAACAGGCGAAAAAAACGGAAACAUCUUUUCACUUCCCUAAAGGCUUUUUAGCGAUCUUUUUACAUCACCGUUUGGUAGACUUUUGCCAAACCUCUUAUGACGCAAUUUGAAAGUAAUGAACAGUGAGAAUUAAUGAGUUAUGCAUGCUCUUAAUAUGAGUGUGAGUUUGAGACAGACCAACGCACUGUGUGGGUGAUUUAUGUCCCACAGAACUUAUUAUCAUAUGUGUAACGGUUCUGAGAAAAGGCUUCUCGUAUAUCGUCCUUAUCCGAGAAGACUAGAACGUUUAACCGUUUGCAGAUUUUUUUACGAAGGCAGUACUGUAUAUUAAGUCUCUCGCUCAGUGUUAGUCCCCAGUUCCCUCUCAGCUCACUUACUACGCAAUAAUAUCUUUCUCACGCAAAAUGCCAAUAAAUGGAUCAAAUGAACAUGAGUGACAGCAAUAAAUGGUCCCUUUCCUAUGCUCUAACUGCAGAGUUAUCUUGUUUUUUCGUUUCUUUUAGGUUUCAGUACAUUCCUGGGAAUGAUCGUAUUAGCAUUUGCUGCGUCCGAGAUAUUCCGAAUCUUUUUCCGAAUGUUCCUUGGAAUCGUAGGGUUUGGCCUUAUUCAUGGUUUGUGCAUUAUGCCUGUUUAUAUGUCCUUGCUGUGUUGCAAGUCUGAAAUUACCACAUCUAUCUCAGUCAGAGUUAGAGUAGAAAGACAGAGCAGCUUUAACAAGAGAGAUGAAAGUAGCAACGAUUUAAAGCUGGCAGACACCGGAAAUAAAUACCCGGAUCUAGGAGCCGAUAACCCUUCUUUGCAGUGGGCUGAAGAAGAAAACGUCAAAGACGCUGUUAAUGAUUACGAGAAACAGGAAGAUGAUGGGAUAGAUUACGACCAAUAUAUAGUAAACGUUUUCAAAGAAAUUCAUAACGAAGGCUUGGAGACUGACGACGAAAAGCCAGAUGCCUCAACAGGACUAACAGGAGAAGAAAAUAAGCAAAGUCUGAGCGUCCAGAUGCCUGAUGCUGAGAAAAACGCCGAAAUUCAUAACGAAGGCUUAGAGACUGACGACGAAAAGCCGGAUGUCUCGACAGGACUAACAGGAGAAGAAAAUAAGCAAAGUCUGAGCAUCCAGAAGCCUGAUGGUGAGAAAAACGCCGGAAUUCAUAACGAAGGCUUGGAGACUGGCGACGAAAAGCCACAUGUAUCGACGGGACUAACAGGAGAAGAAAGUAAGCAAAGCCUGAGCAGCGAGAAGCCUGAUGGUAAGAAAAACGUCGGAACUAUCGAGACUACACAGGCUUCAGAAAGAAGCGACAUCUUAGCUGAUGUAACAAAAUUAUAA